AUGAUUCGACGAACGCCUGGCAUGACUAUCCUAGAAUUUGUGGGUAAAGCUAUUCGCGAGCGAUCAGGGGAGACAAUGGAUUCCAAGGACGGUGCUAGUGCCAACCCCGAGAAGAAGAACCUUUUAGCCCGCUCCCUCGAAAUCCAGAAAACAAACUCCAAUUUACCGCCAUGGGCUUCAACUGCGUGGACAUUUUCAAAUGUCAUUGCUGGCUCGGAUUCUGUCGGUACAUUGAUGGGUACUGUUAUGAGAGCUAAAUGUGAGCCUAAUAAUCUACUUGCAUAUCCUGACACGCUGGAGAAACUUAGGCAAGAACUUGAAGUGGCAAAGCUUUCCUGCCCGUAUCCAAAAUGGAACGAGGUCCGCGACCUUCCCUACCUCGAUGCCUGUGUCCAAGAGGGAGCACGUAUACACCCUCCAUUUGCACUCCUCUUUGAGCGCGUUGUUCCCACUGGGGGCAUCACCGUGCUGGGUAACUAUCUUCCCGAAGGUACUCUAGUUGGAGGUAACCCCUACGUGGUGAACCGACACGAGCCAAUAUUUGGCCUCUAUUCUCUCCGGUUCGCCUACGCGCGGCCUGUGAGCCCCAAGGCUGCAUCUAUGAAUGCGUAUCCGAACAUGUGCGCCCAUCUGUCACUUAAUGUGGUAUCAGGUUAUCUUCUAACCAAGUCCUACGGAGGUCUCAUUGAACAUAAGCACCUCCCCAUGGAAGUGCGCCAGACAUCGAAGCUCAGCAUCAACCCAUUCAUCUUCGCCAUUGUGGCCUUCUCACGUUUUUCAUUACUCCCAAGUUGGCUCUUUAAAAUUCUCUAUUCUAUCUCUAGCCGCAUCAGCUUCAGCAAGGCCGUAGGCAAGUGCAUGGAAAACCUGAACAAAUUCGCACAACGCCUGGUCCAAGCCGCUGUCAACGAAGGCCCUGAAAUCCGCCAAGAUUCGUACCAGGCCCGGCUUCUGGAUGCAGGUAUCAGCCCAGAAGAGGUACAGCUCCAAUGCCAAGCUAUUUUGUUUGCCGGCUCCGACUCGACCGCUGUCAAGCUGGCCACGAUCUUGUUCCAUUUGGUGCAGAAUCAGGAUAGGCUGCGGUGCUUGCACAAAGAGUUACAGGCUGAGGCCCAUCACAAAACAUCAGCAGACCUGCUGCAACUACCAUAUCUCCGCGCCGUGGUGAAAGAAGGAUUACGUCUUGGUAUGGCCAAUCCUACUCGGAUGACACGCGUUGUGCCUGAGCAGGGUCUGCAUGUUGGAGAUUUCUUUCUUCCGCCAGGUACUAUUGUUGGUAUCACGCCAUACCUUACACACGAUGACCCGGAGGUAUUUCCGGAGCCGCGUUCUUUCCGCCCAGAGACAUGGCUCAAGGUUGGUAUGGAUAUGGGGCUAAAGCGGCCUAUGAUGGAUCGUAGUCUACUAAUGUUUGGCGCCGGCCUGAGGGGGUGUAUUGGGAAGAAUCUUGCGUAG